GAGAGGGGGAGGAGGGGAGCGUCACCUUGCCCUGCUCUCUUACCUUUUCUACCAGAUCUCACCUGUCAGGUUAACACUCCGCUGUAUAUAAAAAAAAAAAACGUUUUAUGACCAAAAAAACUUCAAAAACAAGAACUGCGCCAUGGAGUCUCCGGUGAAGGACUCCCCAGUCAGACCGGGUUUUCACAGACUGGAGAUCCAGAAAACGACGUGGGACGUCCCGGAGAGAUACACGGCGCUGCGGGCGAUCGGCUCCGGAGCUUACGGCACAGUUUGUUCUGCCAUCGAUCAGAAGACCAAGGAGUCAGUGGCCAUCAAGAAGCUGUAUCGUCCUUUUCAGUCCCUCAUCCACACCAAACGUGCCUACAGGGAACUCAGACUGCUCCGCCACAUACAGCAUGAAAAUGUGAUCAGCCUCAUUGACGUCUUCACACCUGACUCUACACUGGAAAAAUUUCAAACCUUUUAUAUGGUAAUGCCAUUUGUAGCCCAGGAUCUGGGCCACAUUAUGAAAAAGCGGAGAUUAACUGAUCGCAUCAUCACAUACCUGUUCUACCAGCUUCUCAGAGGACUCCAGUACAUUCAUUCUGCAGGGAUCAUUCAUCGGGACCUGAAGCCUGGUAACCUUGCUGUGAAUGAGAACUGUGAAUUAAAGAUCCUGGAUUUUGGCCUGGCAAGACAGACAGAGAGCGAAAUGACCGGUUAUGUUGUGACGCGAUGGUACAGAGCACCAGAGAUCAUAUUCAACUGGAUGCACUACAGUCAGACAGUGGAUGUCUGGUCGGCUGCCUGCAUCCUGGCUGAGAUGAUUACUGGACAGGUGCUUUUCCCAGGACAUGACAGUAUUGAUCAGCUGAAGAAGAUCCUCCGGAUGACAGGGACACCAGACUCCUCCCUGGUUCAGAGGAUGCAGAGUAAAGACGCACAGUCAUAUGUGCAAGGUCUUCCACCACAAAAGAAGAAAAACUUCAAGGAGGUGUUUCCGUCCAUGGAUGCAAAUGCUGUAGAUCUACUGGAGGGGAUGUUACUGCUGGACCCAGAGACAAGGCUGACAGCUAAGCAGGGACUGUCGCACCCUUUCCUGGUUGAAUAUCAUGACCCAGAAUGCGAGCCAGACUCUGAGCCUUAUGACGACUCGUUCGAGAGCUUGGAGCUUGUUGUUGGGGAAUGGAAGAGCCUUAUCCACAUGGAGAUCAUGACCUUUGACCCUGACAACCCCAGUAAGACAGCCAUGUAGGACACUGUGCUGGUGCCUUCCGGUGUUUGGUUAUAUGCACAUCCUGCAAAGGCCAACGACGCUGUCAAGCUCAGAGAAACAAAUACAAAACACAUAAAAGUUUCCUUUUUUGGGUGCAUCUGGUAUGUAUUGCAAUAAAAAUGCAUUUUUACUAAAGGGCAGCUUUACUUCUUAUGGUGGCCUAAAAAGAACAAUAUAAAACAGAGAGUCUGCGACAUUAUGCUAGCAUUAAUGUUGUUUGUAUUCUGUUAUAUCUAGACACCAAUUUGAAUAGAAACCUAUUAUGAGAUACUUGAUCAAUAACACUGAACCACUGAAUUAUGAAACGCUGUCUUCUCAUUUCAAAGUAGUACAAAAUAUCUUACAAAUAAU